UCCUGUUGCUAGUUCUGAUGGAGAGAUACUGUUUCUUAACUUGUUAGCCCAGGAAAAUGUUAGCAAAUAUGAGGAAACUAAAUCGAAACCUCGGCCAGCCAACCAUGACAAGUUUGAGUCUGGUAAACAAAGUUGCAGUUGGAACAAUUACAUUUUAUCGGAAAACAAAACGGCAAUGGAUGCUUUAAAUUCCAAGGACAAGAUUCUUGAAUGUAGUGAAGCAGAAGAUGGAACUUUGGAACUAAAGGAAUCUCCAGAAACAGCUAACUCUCUUGAGCACGCUGAGGAGACAUCAUCAUCUGUGAAGAUCCCUGACAAAGUUGAAGACAGUAUAAAUCAUGAAUACAAAAACAGUAUGGAAAUUCAUCUUCCUUGUCAAAAUGAGAAUAAAGAUCUAGAUGGUUCAGGACCUGAAGAAAGCAAGAGGCAAGGAAUUUGUGCAAAUUCAUCCAGCUCGGUGGUGAUGCUGGAAAGCUAUGUUCUCCAGCUUCUUUGUAUGCAGGAGGUAGAGAAGGAUGUAUCUGGGCAGGACAGUCUGAAGUAG